AGCCGCGCGACCCGCGCCCAGCCUGGACAGGCCCCAAGGGCUGGCACACUGUCCUGGCAUACCUGCAAGGCGCUUCCCCUCCAUUCCUAGAGGGCCACGCUUUGGAGAGGCUCAGCAAGGGUGGGCGUCGGGAACCAAGCUCUAAAGCAGAGUAGGGGGAGGAUUCCUGCUGUGUGCAGGGCACCGCGCCGGCUCCAGCAGCUCUGUUAUUGCACACUGGUCUCCUGAGACGGCCUGCUGGGAGUGGUGGACCUGGUUUCUGCAGACCUGGAGGAGGUAGCUCAGAAAUGUGGCUUGUCUUACAAGGUGAGCUCCGGAUCUCCACCCUCCAAACCUGAGUGUCUUUAAAGCCCAUCCCAAACCGGCUGGGUGCGGUGCCUCAUGCCUGUAAUCCCAUCACUUCGGGAAGCCAAGGCAGGUGGAUCACUUGAAGCCAGAGGUCUCCAGAGGAGUUCGAGACCAGCUUGGCCAACAUAGUAAAACCCCGUCUCUACUAAAAAUACAAAAAUUAGCUGGGUAUGGUGGUGCACGCCUACAAUCCUAGCUACUCGGUAGACUGAGGAACGAGAAUCACUUGAACCCCGGAGGCCAAGGGUGCAGUGAACCGAGAUCAUACCACUGCACUCCAGUCUGGGCGACAGAGUGACGCUCUGUCUAAAACAACAACAAAAGUCCAUUCCAAACCAAGGGGAGCAGAGGAUUCUCAGAGACUGAUAAGCGGGGUAAAUGAGACCCUGGGAUGGCAGCUUCUACAGGCGGUUCUUUGCUGAGCACUCUGGGCCCCUUUGGCAGGCCCUGGUUGCCCUGAGGCGGGUGCUGCUGGCUCAGUUCUCAGCUUUCCCCUUGAAUGGUGCUGAUCUCUAUGAGGAACUGAAGACCUCCACUGCCAUCCUGUCCACCGGCAUUGGCAGCCUGGACAAACUGCUUGAUGCUGGUCUCUAUACUGGAGAAGUUACUGAAAUUGUAGGAGGCCCAGGUAGCGGCAAAACUCAGGUAUGUCUUUGUGUGGCAGCAAAUGUGGCCCACGGCCUGCAGCAAAACGUCCUAUACGUAGAUUCCAGUGGAGGGCUGACAGCUUCCCGCCUCCUCCAGCUGCUUCAGGCUAAAACCCAGGAUGAGGAGGAACAGGCAGAAGCUCUCCAGAGGAUCCAGGUGGUGUAUGCAUUCGACAUCUUCCAGAUGCUGGAUGUGCUGCAGGAGCUCCGAGGCACUGUGGUUCAGCAGGUGACUGGUUCUUCAGGAACUAUGAAGGUGGUGGUCGUGGACUCAGUCACUGCGGUAGUCUCCCCACUUCUGGGAGGUCAGCAGAGGGAAGGCUUGGCCUUGAUGAUGCAGCUGGCCCGAGAGCUGAAGACCCUGGCCCGGGACCUUGGCAUGGCAGUGGUGGUGACCAACCACAUAACUCGAGACAGGGACAGCGGUAGGCUCAAACCUGCCCUGGGACACUCCUGGAGCUUUGUGCCCAGCACUCGGAUUCUCCUGGACACCAUCAAUGGAGCAGGAGCAUCAGGCGGCCGGCGCAUGGCAUGUCUGAUCAAAUCUCCCCGACAGCCCACAGGUUUCCAGAAGAUGGUAGACAUUGGGACCUGGGGGACCUCAGAGCAGAGCACCAUGUUACAGGUCGAUCAGAUGUGACCUGUGUAGUAUUUGGAAAACCUGCCAACUUUCCUUCCCAGUAAUGCCUGCUGUUUACUGCCACCUGGCACUGAUGACCACAGAAGUUCUCAGGCUGGCCAGAAGAGACAUCUUGGUUUCCAUGUCCUCACUCUCUAUAAGCAUAUAAACCACAGGCGAGAGAGGAUGCUGCAGUGCGAGGACCCAGAAAUUCAUGCUGGUACCACAUUUCCUUCCCUCAUUUUGAAUGUGUAUGUUUCCAGUGGAAACCAAGUUCACCCUGGCUGGGAGCAUCUCUGAAGAGGCAUGCUGGCCACUGGAUGGAUAACCUGUGUAUCACCAUGUGUCCUGUGCUCCAUCCUAGCUCAGUGGCCAAGCCGGGAAAGCCUCUAACUUGUCUUUGCUGUUGCUGCUUAAAUGUCAGCUUCCAAACCCCAAAGUGGCCCUUUAGGAAGGGGACAUAUCCCCACUGCUGCCUCUUGGUUUUUCAUUUGUUAAAUGGGGGCCACUCUCCCUUAGCUCUGUCUCUGAGUUACUGGGUGGAAAUAAGCUUAUAAAUUAAAUACUCUUCUUCAUCUCUGUUUUGCUCUUAAAAAUAUUAAAAGGCAAUUCCCCGAGCCCUAGAGCCACCUGAUUUUCCCCCAGAAGGUUGUUUUUCAGUUUCCCCCAGUGAGGCCCAAAGAACAGUUAUUCCUCCUUUCCUCUUGCUGAUUGGGUUUCAGACGUGCAUGCAUCACCAUGAUUAGAUGAAAACAUGUGGGCUCGCUGCAGUCCCAGGGAUAUAAUUUAACAGGAAGGGAGGAUCUGACCUGCUCCUGGUGAAUCCAGCCACUUGUUUAAUAUGCAUGGUGCCCUGUGGGGCCCCUCCACAGUACAGCGUAACUAGAGGUGCUGAACCAUGGCCUUGCCCAUAAACAGACAGGAGAAUCUGCACAGUAAAUAGAGCCAGCUGGGAAAAUUGAUGCUGGUGUAAAUAAUACAUGGCAAAUCUAGUCCUUUAUGCAGAAAUUCAUUGCUGGUGGCUCCAAGAUACAAUAUAAUUACACCUCUCUUCCUGCCAGCUGUACCAUGGCCUAGUGCCCUAGUGUAUAGAAUACUCCUCUGUCUUUUACCAGCACUGUGGCCAUUGUCUGAGAGCCAUGAGCCUCACCGGGAGGGGAGGACGACACCAGGAAAUGGAAAAUAAAAGGAAAAGUAGAGAAAUCA